AUGCUGUUUCUCGUUCUUCUGUCAACAGCUUUGCCUCUUUCAAUCUUUCAGGAAAUGUGCCGGAACCCACUUUUCAUCGUAGACGGCGCCACACGGACCGAUGUUUGUCAGGGAGCUCUGGGGGACUGUUGGCUGUUAGCUGCCAUUGCGUCACUCACGCUGAACGACCCCCUUCUCCAUCGCGUGGUCCCCCACGGACAAAGCUUCCAGAACGGAUAUGCUGGUAUCUUCCACUUCCAGAUCUGGCAGUUUGGGGAAUGGAUAGAUGUGGUGGUGGACGAUUUGCUCCCGACGAAAGACGGCAAGCUGGUCUUCGUUCAUUCAGCCGAAGGGAACGAGUUCUGGAGCGCCCUGCUCGAAAAAGCUUACGCCAAGGUGAAUGGCUGCUAUGAGGCCUUAUCUGGAGGAAGCACCUCCGAGGGGUUUGAGGACUUUACAGGAGGGGUGACCGAGUGGUACGAUCUCCGGAAGCCUCCCAGCGACCUUUUCCAGAUCAUUUUGAAAGCCCUGGAGAGAGGAUCUCUUAUGGGAUGCUCCAUUGACAUCACCAGUGCAUUUGACAUGGAAGCCGUCACUUUCAAGAAACUGGUGAAGGGCCAUGCUUACUCAGUCACCGGAGGUGAGCAGAUCAACUACCGAGGACAGCGCGUCAACCUGAUCCGGAUCCGGAACCCUUGGGGAGAGGUGGAAUGGACGGGAGCAUGGAGUGACAGUUCUGGAGAGUGGAAUGCAGUGGAGCCGGCUGUGGGGCAGCAGCUGAGAGUGAAAAUGGAGGAUGGGGAAUUUUGGAUGUCCUUCCAAGAUUUCCUCCGUGAGUUUAACCGCCUGGAGAUCUGCAACCUCACCCCCGAUGCCCUGAAGGCUCGCAAAUUCCGAAAAUGGAACACCACGCUGUAUGAUGGCACCUGGCGACGAGGGAGCACGGCUGGGGGCUGCAGGAAUUUCCCAGCCACGUUCUGGAUUAACCCCCAGUUUAAAAUUCGCCUUGAGGAGGUCGAUCACGAGGACGAGGAUGGGCGGAGAGAGCCCGGCUGCAGCUUCCUUUUGGCCCUGAUGCAGAAAAACCGUCGCAAAGAGAGGCGGUUCGGGAAGGACAUGGAGACCAUUGGUUACGCCAUCUAUGAGGUGCCCCCGGAGUGCAAGGGGCAGCCGUCCGUCCAUCUGAAGCGGGAUUUCUUCCUCUCUAACUCUUCCCGGGCCCGAUCGGAGCAGUUCAUCAACCUGCGCGAAGUGAGCACUCGUUUUAGGCUGCCCCCCGGGGAAUAUAUCGUGGUCCCGUCGACUUUCGAGCCCAACAAGGAAGGAGACUUCGUAAUUCGCGUGUUCUCGGAGAACAAAGCUGGGACGGUGGAGAUGGAUGAUCAGAUCCAAGCCAACCUUCCCGAUGAGAAAAUACUUUCGGAAAGAGAGAUCGACGAAGGCUUUAAACAGCUGUUUAAGCAGCUGGCAGGGGCGGAUAUGGAGAUCAGCCCACGGGAACUGCAAACCAUCCUCAAUAGGAUAAUUGGAAAACAUAAAGACCUCCGCACGAAAGGAUUCAGCUUGGAGUCCUGCCGAAGUAUGGUGAACCUGAUGGAUAAAGACGGGAAUGGAAAACUCGGUUUGGUGGAGUUUAAUGUCCUUUGGAGUAAGAUUAAAGAGUAUCUGGCAGUCUUCCGGAAGUUUGAUUUGGACAAGUCGGGAAGCAUGAGUUCCUAUGAAAUGCGAAUGGCUCUGGAAUCUACAGGUUUCAAACUGAACAAGAGACUCUACGAGUUGAUCAUCACUCGCUACGCCGAGCCUGACCUGGCCUUAGAUUUCGACAACUUUGUCUGCUGUUUGGUGCGGCUCGAAACCAUGUUCCGAUUUUUCCAAGCUCUGGAUACGGAUAAAGACGGGAUUGUCACAUUUGACUUGAUUAAGUGGAUACAACUGACCAUGUUUGCCUGAAAAAGAUGCGGAUCACAUCCUGUGCAAUUAUUUGGACUUUUCUUCUCGCUGGACAUUUUAUUUUGAAAGUGGAGGAGAUUCUUAACCUGCAAGUGCCUUGCGUUAACGCUUUUCGCAGCUUUCUGUUAC